AGCAUUGCCUGCCAGCAGCCCCGAAAGGCUCGCAAGGAGAAAGUCGAGUCAGUGGCGUCAUGUAUGAGCUGCUUUCUGUUUGUAUUAAGAUGGCAAUGAAUCGUGAGUGCCUUUAACCCAGAGAGAGGUGGUUGUGGGAAGAGCCGGGGCAGUGGGAGAGAGACCUUUCUUUCGGCGGGCGCUGUGGGUUCAGUUCUCUCAAGAAUGGGCUCACGAGCAGCCAGUGCUUCACCGCUGUGAAGGGAGGGGGCCUCACAUGCGCCCGAGAGAGGUCCUCUUUGGCGGACGCGCAAUGUUUACGUUGAAGUUUGCGGGUUUCUUUGUUUAAGUUAGACAUGGAGAAGGAACUACAGCUCCCAGCGGCCCCUGCGGCGCGGCCUGCGCGGCGGAAGCGCCUCCGCCUUUCCCCGGGACGGGCGCGGGGCCAUGGAUGUCCCCAGGCAGCGGCUGCUGGCGGUCGGCGAGGAGCUGGGCGAGGCCGAGCUGGCGGCUCUGAAGUUCCUCAGCCUGGAGCACGUCCCCAUGAAGAAGCUGGAAGCCAUCCAGAGGGCACAGGACUUCUUCGAAGCGCUGAGGGAGAAAGGCAUGAUCGAGGCGGGGAACCUCUCCUUCCUGAAGGAGCUGCUCUACCGGAUCAGUCGGAUCGACCUCCUGGUUGCCCAUCUGGGCUCCAGCCGAGAGGAGAUGGCGAGAGAGCUUCAGAUCCCAGGCAGGGCGAAGGUGCCCGCCUACAGAUACCUGCUGUUUCAGCUGUCAGAAGACAUCACCAAAGAUGAGCUGAGUUCUUUCAAGUUUCUUUUGGGGAAGGAAUUACCAAAAUGCAAGCUGACCCCUAAGACUACAAUGCUCGACGUUUUCAUGGAGAUGGAGAAGAAGGGGAUUCUGGGAGAAGACAACCUAAGUGUCCUGAAGCGUCUCUGUGCAGAGAUUAACAUCAGCCUGUUGAAGAGAAUUGAAGAGUAUGAAUUAAACCUAUUUGGUGAAGAAGAGAUGCUCAUCACAGGGAAACAGAGGGGCAGCACAGGAGGCCCUGAAGCCCAUGCCCGAUGGCUGGCGUCACCCAUGUCACCUGAUUCUCCUGGCAGUUGGAGUGAAUCUUCCCAGAGGCUUGAAGCUUACAAAAUGACUAGCCGACCACGUGGAGUGUGCCUGAUCCUGAAUAAUCACAGUUUUGCAAAAGCCAGGGAAGCAGUGCCAGAACCCAAAAAAUUGAAGGAUCGGAAUGGGACGGACGUGGAUGCAGCGGCUCUGAAAACAGUCUUUGAAAAGCUUCAUUUUAAAGUAGAAGAGUGCAAAGACCUCACUGCAGAGAAAAUCCGUGAGACUAUAAGCAUCCAACAGCGCAAAGACCACAAGGAUGAAGACUGUUUUGUUUGCUGUAUCCUGUCUCAUGGGAAAAAAGGUGUUAUAUAUGGUGUUGAUGGGCAGGAAGUACCUAUCCAGGAACUGACCACGGCUUUCACUGGACAGAAUUGCCGCUCACUUAAUGGAAAACCAAAAGUCUUUUUUGUUCAGGCCUGCCAAGGUGAUGCUUGCCAGAAAGGUGUGACCAUCGAAACAGAUUCUGGAGAGCAAGAUUCUUCUGUAGAAACAGAUGCAAGAUUCCAGUUCGACUGCAUCCCUGCAGAGGCAGACUUCCUCCUGGGCAUGGCUACCCUCCCAGAUCACGUUUCCUUCAGAAGCACAGCGCGGGGGACCUGGUACAUACAGGCUUUGUGCCAGCACCUGAGGGAAAGCUGUCCUCGUGGAGAAGAUAUUCUCACCAUUCUGACAGCAGUGAAUCAAGAGGUGAGCAGAAAAACUUGUGAGCCCAAUGCAGAGAAGCAGAUGCCACAGCCAAGUUUCACGUUGAGGAAAAAACUCAUCUUUCCUGUUGACUAAAUGAGAGGGAACUGCGUGGCAGAGGGAGCUGCAGCAGCCUAGAUCAGCUGGUAUCAGCUAAAAAUUUGGUAAAAUGUAACGGACUGAAUUUCAAUGUCUGCUCUUACCACAAGAGCAAAUGUUGUUAUUGGAAGUACAGCCAAGGAGCAAAAGCCUUAAGAAAUUAGUGUUAAUAUAUAUGACACUUUAUACUUGAAAGCAUCUCUGAGCUGGUCUCCAUAUUGGGUUUUGCUAACUGAAAUUUGCUCAAGUGUCCUCUAUCAGCCAUACCGCGUUGCUGUUGGUUUAGUAAGGUAUCUUUCCAAUGCAAAUUUUUAAGACAACUAUUAUGAAGCCAUGUGUAUUUUAUGCCUACCUUUUGCAAAAUAAACAGGGGAGUACUGCAAAUUUUAUAGGAUAUAAUCAGCUCA